AUGGACCGAGUGCAGGCGUUCGGAAAGAACCUCAGUGCGAACUUCUCGCCGUUUGCUGCGCGCACGCAGCAGAUGCUCAAGGAGCAAUUUGGCCAGGUUGAGGACAAGACUCAGCUCCCCGACGAGUACAUCGAGCUCGAGAAGCGUAUUGAUGCUUUGAAGCUGGUUCACCAGAAGCUUUUGCAAGUGACCUCCCAGUACUCCAACGAAGCCUACGACUAUCCUCCCAACAUCCGCGAGUCAUUCAACGACCUUGGCCGUACCAUCCAAGAAAAAGUCCAACUCCUUUCGCAAGCAGCCUCCCCUGCAGAGGCCCAGGCUGCCCUGACUGCCCCGCCAGCCGCAAAGCCCCAGCCUAAGACCUUCAACCACGCCAUCGCCCGUGCCUCCCUGUCCGGAUCGCAGACCCUGGCCCAGAGUGCUACCGGCGAGGACCCCUUGGGAGGCGCGUUGGAGAAGUAUGCCCUCGCUUCUGAGAAGGUGGGCGAGGCCCGUCUGGCGCAGGACGCCCAGAUCCAGUCGCGGUUCCUGGCUGGAUGGAACACGACGCUUAACACCAAUUUGAUGUUUGCUGCUAAGGCACGCAGGAAUGUGGAGAAUGCCCGUCUUAUGUUGGACUCGGUGAAGGCUAGCAAGAAGGCUGCUGCCAGAGGCGACCUUGACAAUUUGAGCGAAGAGGCCCGUGCGGAGAUUGAGCAGGCGGAAGAUGAGUUUGUUGGACAGACUGAGGAGGCUGUGAGCGUCAUGAAGAAUGUCCUCGAUACCCCCGAGCCCUUGAGAAACUUGGCAGACUUGAUUGCCGCACAACUCGAGUUCCACAAGCGGUCGUACGAGAUUCUCAGCGAACUGGCUCCUGUUGUCGACGGUUUGCAGGUUGAGCAAGAGGCUAACUAUCGUAAGAGCCGUGAGGGUGCGUAA